AUGACUCACCCUCAACCACACCCCGCGCCCGCCACAGCCCACCGCCACCACGACGACGCGACCUCCGAGUCCGAGUCCAGCCCGGACAUACUGCUUCAGAAUACAGAAGAUCGAUUACUACUAUUAUUAAAUUUUUUAUAUAUUAUCCAUUAUUCAAAAUUAUUAUUAUUUUUAUUUUUAUAUAUUAUCUAUUAUUCAAAAUCAUUAUUAUUAUUAUUACUAUUAUUAUUAUUAUUAUUAUUAUUAUUAUUAUUAUUAUUAUUAUUAUUAUUAUUAUUGUUAUUAUUAUUAUUAUUAUUAUUAUUAUUAUUAUUAUUAUUAUUAUUAUUAUUAUUAUUAUUAUUAUUAUUAUUAUUAUUAUUAUUAUUAUUAUUAUUAUUAUUAUUAUUAUUAUUAUUAUUAUUCAAAAAAUCAGACAGACGUAAUUAG